CUCUUCUUUCUUUUUAAGACCCCAUUAUAUUCGUCUUUUCCUCUUUUCCUCUUUUCCCCAGCCUACCUGCGAGGUGUUCCCAAAAUCUCCUGUUCGUUCUCAUUAUUCAUUCCCCAUCAAUAUAUGAAUGUCAUCCAUGAGCACACUGGUCGCCCCUCUGACCAAGGAGAACCACAGCAUCUUCCUGUGCCAACGGGUCAGAACACACGACGGAGAAAGAGCGACCAGAACGUGAAUCCAAUUGAAGCAACUGUCACCAAACUGCUAAUGGCAACAAAGCAGUUGCUUGACGGACUGACACUGUGGGCAAAUCGCAAAGCGUCAGAGGACCAGGUUUCCGACAUAUUUGUUCAGCUUGCGACACAAUUUAACCUUGCCAGUCAAUCUUUCCACGAAGUAGGCAUUGAUACAAGCGAGCUAGCACAUAUUCCUGACAAUUUGCGGAACUAUCUGGAAACUGCUCUUGGAGAAGAACCGUCCCCUACAUCAUUAGACAAGUACUUACCAAAAAUUAAGGAGGUCAUCAUCAAUCUGCUCCAAGGCCUUCGCCUUAAACAAAACCUCUAUCGAGAACAAUAUGAAGCUAGGGCAAUUCGACUACAAACUCCGCCGCCACAACAGCCGCCACCUCCACCUCCGCCUGGAGCCACAACAACAGCUGCUGCAUCGACAUCAAACGCUCACAGGACAAGAAUCAGCGUCACUCAACCCAAGCAGCAGCCUCAGAUUGGGAUGGGAAGACCUAUAGAACCGCCUUCAACAUUGCAGCUAGAAGGAAAAGGCUCAGACUAUCGUUAUUUUUCAGCUUCCGAUCAGAAUCAACCCGUCUCCACUAUUGCAGCUGCAGCUCCUUCACCUACUUUAACGCUCACUGUACCGCCUAGUUCUCAACAACGCAUGAAUGAACAUUCACAUGCGGAAACCUUGGCCUCGCUUCGCAAAAGCGAUGCCAUUACUCGACGUGCCUCUUCUAGACGCCAAUCGCAGCGGUUUUCAAGAUUGGUAGAAGAAAAUACACCAGCGCCUCCUAUGCCACGUCGACAGCAUCCCGUAUCGGACUCGAAUAUGAUGGCCACAUAUCCCACUUACGCAAACUCUAUGAACGUUCCUAUGGCACCCUCUCCACUUGCAGACCCUCGCCUAGCUAUACUACAGAGCCAAAUGUCAAUCUUACCAACGCCUACAAUUGAUCAGUUCCCAGCAAUCCCUGGAUUCUUGAACCCAAAUGUGGAGGCGAAUAUGAGUAACAUGGGCCUUAUGUCUCUGGCUCCUGAACCAUUAGGGCCAUCAUCUUCAGGGGAAACCAAUCAUCAUCCUCACCCUGCAAUGCCGUUCACACCAAGUGCGCCUGAUGCUCCUAAAUUAUCUGACGUGCCUCAUACCCCAACAGAGCCCUUAUCAACCAUGGUUAGUCCUUCUGAAGAAAUUACCAUUCCAGAGCCUGUAUUGUCAAAAGAUUUGAAGCCAGCUCCCAUAGAACCAGAAGAGACUGGCCUCACGCUCUUCCUUCAGGUUGGGAAGAGUGUCAAGAAGGCCAAACUCGAAGAAGAACUCACACAUUCAGGACUGAGAAUGCUUUUCAUGGAAAAGUUUCAAUACAAUCCCGGACAGGAUGAUUUCCCCGCCAUUUACGUUAAAGACCCUCAAACCAACAUUCAUUACGAGCUAGAGUCCUUAGCUGACGUAAAACAAAACGCAUUCCUGUCAUUAAACGUUGAUGAUCUGGAGAAUAUUCAGCGAAAAAUGGACCAGGGCUUUGCAGCUCUUGCAAAGGAGCUACAUGACAUCAAAAAAACACAAGAGGCCAUGGAGCAGGCACGCCAAAAGGCAGCAGCAGCGGCCGCAUCUGCUGCUGCUGCUGCCGCGAUCAACAAUACACUUGAUCGAAACCUGCCCCCAAGUGGAUCUGAUAAUAAUUCUCAGAUGUUCCGCUCUUUAGUUAAUAAAGCCAUUACCAAGAAUAAGGGCGACAUGUCAACACCCAGCUCCGAGCAGUUAAAUAAGAUCAAGGCUGUGGAUCUCAGGCCAUACUACGAUGAAAUACAAACAUUGCGAAGGGAUCUUGGAGUUGUUCGACAACUCUAUACAGAACUCCAGAACGAAACAAAAUCCACACUUGGAAGCCUAGCAAGUUAUACAAGCCAACUGCGUAAGCACGCGCAGGAGUCUCCAGUAUCCUCGAGACAGUUUAUUGAGUCUGGAAAAAUCAAAUUAGACAAAAAAUCGGAAGAUCUGACCAAUAAGAUCGAAGACCUUCAGGAUGUUGUGGAAGACAUGAAAAUCAACAUCGUACAGAGACGUGGACGGCCGAGUGACAGCUCGAUGGUGUUCGUAGAUAAGCAGUGUGAGGAGAUUGAAAAAGACAUCGUGAAGCUCUCAGACUAUAUACAUACGUUAAGGCCUUCUUGGAAGAAAACAUGGGAAGCCGAGCUGCAAACGAUUGUAAAAGAGCAAAUGUUUUUGAAGGAGCAAGAGGCAUUGCUGGAGGAUAUCAAAGAAGAUAGGAUAUCUUUACUCCAAACGCUAGAUAAUCUGAAGAAGGUUAUGGCGCUUCAGGCUAGAAAUAGCAUUAGCGGUAAUGGAAAUGGGGGCAUUGUGUUCCAACCUGCGCCUUUAGAUGAAAACUUUGAAGGGCUAAAGACAGUUAUGGAAGAAGUUAAAUUAAUUGAACCCGACUCGGAAAAGCGUCUGAAGGCAAUGGCGCAGAUGGAGAAGCUGAGACAUAUUGAGCUAUCCAAUAAGAUUGAUGAGUUUGAGCAGGAAUUGACAACAUUUGUUGGGGCCAGCAAGUUGAGAAAGACAGGUGGAGCAAUGGAAAUUGAGCGGCAGAGACAACAAAGGGACCAUGAGAAUUUGAAAGCAAUGUUCAGCAAGGAUAAAGCAGAAGGGGUUGAUAAUGCAGUGCCCGGGAUCAUUAAAGGUAGCACUGCUGUCGAGGCUAUUGAGGAGAAAGUGGAAGAUGACAGUUAAACGAUGCGUCUGCAUUCUUUAAUUAAAAAUGUAAACGUCCUUGAAGUUUGUAGGAUUUGGUAUUUAUUAAGAAAUAGAAAUAGGCGGUAAUGGGAUAAUAGAAAAAGCUGUCAC